CCACACCACACACAGCCUGCAGAAACCAGUUGACGCCCUCAGUCAGCCACAUCCCAGCCCACGGUUGACUACCCCAACACCAACACCUCCCACCCCACCCCCCUGCGCCGCCUCCUCCUCCUCCUCGUACACACCGGCUUGCAACCACCCACCCAGCCAGUCACCUCAACCGACCGGCCGGCCAGGAGCGGAGGCAAACAAACAGACCCAGAGCAGCCAGGCCGAUCCUGCCGCGUGUUUUUUGGCUCAGCAAAGAGACACCGGAGCAGCAGAGGAGUAUGGGACGCCGGUGCUUGGAUCUGGACUGAGUCUAGUCGGCACAUUGAGAGCUCCUCCGACCCGCUUCCAAGUCCUUUUCUCCCGGACCAGAGUCACGUUUUCACCGCUGACACAAUGGGCUGCUGCAGCGGACGAUGCACUCUUAUCUUUUUUUGCACUUUACAGUUGGUGUUAGCUUUAGAAAGACAGGUCUUUGACUUCCUGGGUUACCAAUGGGCCCCAAUCCUUGCCAACUUCUUCCACAUCAUCAUGGUCAUCCUCGGCCUCUUUGGCACCAUCCAGUAUCGGCCGCGCUACAUUGUGGUGUAUACAGUAUGGGCCGCUCUGUGGGUGGCCUGGAACGUCUUCAUCAUCUGUUUCUACCUGGAUGUAGGUGGCCUGUCCAAGGACAGUGACCUGCUGACAUUUAACAUCUCCGCACAUCACUCUUGGUGGAGCGAACACGGGCCGGGCUGUGUGAGGAGAGAGAUUCCUCAGGCUCCAGGGGUCCGCACCAUGGAGAGCCACUCCUACAUCACUGUCAUGGGCUGCCUCAUGGACUACCAGUACAUCGAGGUUGUGCAUAGCGGCGCCCAGAUUCUCAUUGCUCUCCUGGGCUUCGUGUACGCCUGUUAUGUUGUCAGCGCUAUCACUGAGGAGGAGGACAGCUUUGAUUUUAUUGGUGGAUUUGACCCAUUCCCACUCUACCAUGUCAAUGAGAAACCAUCUCAUCUCCUCUUAAAGCCCAUGUACCUGUCUCCGUAAAUAAGAGAGCGUCCAGCGGGGAGGUGACACAGCAAAUUCCCACGUGGACAAAAUGGCUGUUGUGACACAAACAUCCCAGUUCACAUGGGCACGCCAAACAUUCCUCCCCUUCUUGAUUUCAGUACUUUAAACAUGUCAUUUACUGGUGUACUGCCCGGAAAAACCAACAAUUCUCAGUUAGGGUCCAUUGUUUUCCAGGGAGGGAUGACGGGUUCCAGGAAAGGGUGGAUUACAGUGCAACAAAGCCUCAUAUUGUGUAAUUUAGAGAAGUAUCAAUCAUUUUCUUUGUAUUUAGUUCUCUGCUGAGGUCCCAUUGCUGUGACCUGCCCAUAAUGGUCUAAUACUCCCGAAGACUGCAUAGAACAUGGACUGCAUAUAAAUACAUUGUGUAUGUAAUCAGAGACUGUCCAGCAUUCCCGGUCUGUGGUACUGUGUCUUAGAGGACUCAUGAUUUAGCAUGUUAUUGCUGGUUUGGCUCAGAUCUUGGCCGGAGGGCUGAAUUACAGUGGCAGCCCGUGGAAUGAGCCAUUGUGUGCUGCCUGUUUACUUUAGGCCAGGAUCUGUGUGCAUAAAUACACAAGCAAAGCAGGAAGAGGCAAGGGAGUGGAGAGGUAAAGGGAGGGGAGGAAACAAAAGCACCAAACCUACUGGGGAAUCCGUCAAAAAUAGAAAAUGUAAAUAAUGAAACAAGAGGGGUGGGGGGGGGGGGGGGGGGAUUUUGGAUUUAGAGUUUGAAAUGUUAACUAUCAAAAGAGCAUUUUAAGAGAUGUUCAAACACAAGGAAAGGCACGUGAGUCUUACUUUUAUUCGUGGAGUCUUAUUGUUGAGACUAUUUAACAGCCAAGUCAGUAUUUCGGAAGUGUCGGGUGUUGGAAGAAGUCUCUGUUUCUCCUCUAACUACUGACACAUCGGGCGUCUGACAGGGGUGAUCAUUACACACAGUCAAGCAAAGGUUCCACAACAUAUUUUUAACUUCAAGAAAUCAAUAGAAAUGGUCUAACUAUUCAUAUUGCAUACAAAAGCGUUAAGUUGAAUGAGUAUGGUCUUCAGUGUGGAAGUAGCCUAUAGCCUAUACCUGAGUGAACCAGAGCGUGUAGAUUCUCAAUGUCGAUAGUCUCAGUUGUGAUUGUUUUAUAGCAUGUUUUUUACAGGGUUUGUAUUGUAAUUAUGUGUAUAACAUAUUAUGUAAUGACGAAAUGGCAAAACUGAUGUCUUCAACCGGCUGUAUAGGAGCUGGUUAAAUAGUAACUGAAAGCUUCUGCUGAUUAGUUUCUUACUCAGAUUAAUUUUACUCGGCCCGGCAAUUUAACACAUUUUUAUUUAGGCAAAAGUAGAUCAUAACUCCUAAUACUGAUUGGUCGCACUUUUUGUUGUUAAUGUCAGAUCUCUCAGAGUUAAAGUCAGAUCCCCUGUUGCCUUACUGGUUGUGUGAAUCACUACUGCUCUCUGGUGUUCAAAGAGUUCAUGUACAAGUUGCAAGGCUACUGUGUUUCUGCUGCAGGGUCCAUAAAUCUCCACGUUUUGUCUUAAAAACAAUUAUCUAUUUUGUCUGCAGAUAUCAGUACAUUUUUUUCUGGGUAAUUGUCAUGUAGGAAGAGUUGUCUCAGUGUUACGCUCGCUCCUUCUUUAUCAUUUAGGUCAACAUCAUUUGUUGCCCACCACAUUUGAAUGCAUAACAUUUGUCUGAUUACAAUAUUUCUUGGUGCUACGUUUGAAAUUGUCUGCUUCGCAAUUUUUUUUGGGGGGGGGGGAAUCAAAAGAUUUGUGAACAAAGAAGUUUAUUCUGUCUUCUUUUUUUUUUGUCGGCAUCUAAAAAUAUCCUGCUGUGUGUCAGAUUCCUCCGUUACAUUAGAUGUUCUUCACUACCAGAUAGAAAGUCCACAAACUGUUAUGAGUGUGAAAAUCAUCUGACCUCUUCUACUGGCUAAUUUCAGAAUGACGAGUGACCCAUUUUGAUUUGAUUGGUCACCCCUCGAUUGGCAAGAUGCAAUAAUUUAUGUCUUGUCUAUGUCUUUAAAGGUUUACACACCCCUGGUAGGCUUCCUGGUGUGUGGGUUAGAAAGAAAACAAAGCACCUCAUAUUGUAACAUAAUCAGUAUUAGUAGUAAAUGCUACUAUGUAAAAAAAAAACUAAAAAAACCUAGUCUUCCUCUCAGUGCAAUACAGCCUCUUCCUAAACCCCCGGUGACUGGAAUUAGUUGAAACCUGUUAGGGUUGUGUGUGUAUGUGCUAGUCUCCACUGAAAAAGAUUCCACCUGUUUGUAGAUAAUUCUUUUUCUUUGUAUAGAAAGUGGAACAGGUUCUUUUUUUUUUUUUUUUUUUUUUUGUAUCUCUCUUCUAUUUUGUGUCCUGUGAUGCCUCAACCCCUUGUGACCUGAUUGUGUAAUCCUAUUUAUCCAGAACUGUGCUUUGUGCUCAUGUAAAUAGGUGUUUGUUAAUAAAAGAAUGUGCUCUU